AUGGUGAUCGGACGAAAACCUAUUCAUUGUGGUUUGAGAACCUCAGCUUCAGCACGACGAUCUUCCAUUCCCGAAGACUCGCCUCCAGCUUCUCCGAUUGUUCCCGAUCUCUUCACGGAAUCGAUCAAUAGCAUUCACUCGCCAUUUCAUCUCACCGGUGGUGAUAACCCAGGCAUUUCACUCAUCUCUGAGAAUUUGGUCUCGCUGCAACUCCAUGGUGAAAUUGUGGCUUCUCAAUUCCGUUUCAAAGCAGAUUUACAAGAGAAUAUAAUUCUCCGUUUCAACGAUGCAUCGGAGAUCUGGAAGGAUUUGUUGGCUAGGUUCCAUAUCACGAACCUUCCGCGAUCUUAUCAAUUAUCUCAGCAAAUUUGGUCUCUCCAGCAAGGAUCUACAGAUCUAGCUACUUACUACACCAAAUUGAAAACGCUUUGGGAUGGAGCAGAUUGUGUAACAACAUGUGGCAAUUGUGAUUGUUGCAAGUCUACUUCGAAGAAAUAUGAUCAUGAUAAGGUCAUCAAAUUCUUGGCAGGUCUACAUGAUAGCUAUGGCGUGAUUAGAACCCAAAUCAUCAUGAAGAAACACAUUCCGGAGCUCUCUGAGGUUUACAAUUUGCUCGAUCAAGAUCACAGUCAACGGACUUUCAAUCCCGUUCCAAAUGCUUCUGCAUUUCACGUGACUGUCUCUGAUCCAGCUCAGUUCCAUUUUCUCAUUGGCAAGAUGUCGUUAUUGUCAAUAUACUCACCAUCUUGA